AUGUCCACUAAGUAUUCUGGGAACAACCUGCCACCUCUUAAAACCGCGGAAAAGAUGUUCGCUCGCAAGAAAAGUGUGUAUGCAAACCAUUCGAGCACUGUGGCCUUUCCACAACUUGGGGGUGGUGUUGGGGUAGGCGCUGGUUUCAAUGCUGGUGCAGGACUUGGUCAAGGCGUUGGUCUAGGUGGAUUCCCUGGUGCAGGUCUCAACGCUGGUGCUGGUGUUGGAGCAGGCGUUGGCUUCGGAACAGGUGCUGGUCUCAGAGCAGGUGCUGGCCUAGGAGCUGGUGCUGAGUUUGGAGCUGAUGCAGGCUUAGGAGCCGGUGCAGGUAGACACCUAAACAAAUUACCCGUCAAUAUCAAGGCAAUUGGCUAG